AGUGAGAACUCAGAAGUGAGGCAACAGAGACCUCAAAUGGAACACAACAAAGGAGACCUGACGCCGGAGCCGCGGGUGGCGGUCGUCGUUUUCCUCUUGAAGGGCAGAUCGGUGCUCCUCGGCCGCCGUCGCGCCUCCGUUGGCAAUGCCACCUUUGCUCUCCCUGGCGGCCACCUCGAAUUCGGGGAGAGUUUUGAGGAAUGUGCAGCUAGAGAAGUGAAAGAGGAAACAGGGUUGGAGAUAAGGAACGCAGAGUUUCUGACUGUAACGAACAACGUGAUGUUGGAUCAGCCUAAAAAGUGCCACUAUGUGACCAUUUUCAUGAGAGUAAUUGUGGGCGUGGAUGCCCCAAAAGAAGAGCAAGAGCCACAAAAUCUAGAGCCUCACAAGUGUGAUGGUUGGGAUUGGUAUGAAUGGGAUCAUUUGCCGCAACCUUUGUUUGGGCCACUCGAGAAAAUGGUCAAAGGAGGUUAUGACCCAUUUUCGUCCUAAUUCUGUUUUUCAUGUAUGCUUUUUUGAAUAUGCUCGGGUAGCUAUGUGUUUGGGCUAGGUUUUCUUUUUGGUGUGAUGUGGAUUUUGUAGUUCAGUUUGCCAUAUUUUGAUGAAGUGCAUGUGUGAUCUCUCCUAUUGCCAUAUUUUGUUGUUGAGUAGGUGCAUCUUAUUGAUAAUAAGUAAUAUUAAUUAAUUUUUUUAAUUA